UUUGAAGAAAAACAAGAAAGCGAAAAUGCGGAUGAGCUGUAAUGGAUGCCGAAUACUCCGAAAGGGCUGCAGCGAAAAUUGCAGCAUCCGGCCUUGCCUGCAGUGGAUUAAGAGCCCGGAAGCCCAAGCAAACGCCACCGUUUUCCUCGCCAAGUUCUACGGCCGCGCCGGACUCAUGAACCUCGUCAACGCCGGCCCCGAACAUCUCCGCCCUGCCAUCUUUCGGUCUUUGCUAUACGAGGCAUGCGGUCGGAUUGUGAACCCGAUUUACGGGUCGGUCGGGUUGUUGUGGUCCGGGAGCUGGCAGCUCUGCCAAGCCGCCGUUGAAGCCGUGCUGAAAGGCCAGUCGAUUACGCCGAUUACUUCCGAAGCGGCGGCGGAUGGGCAUGGCCCGCCUCUCAAGGCCUACGACAUUCGCCACGUGUCCAAGGAUGAGAACUCGGCCGCGUCCAACGAUCCUCAGAAGGUUAAGACUCGGUACCGGUUCAAGCGGUCCGUUGUCAAGCCGAAGACCAACAAAGUAGACUCCGGUUCUGGGUCGGGCUGUGGCUGUGGCUCAGGAGCUGAUGACUCGGCCAAGCCGAGUUCUACCGGUUGCUGUGGGAACGAGUUUAACCGAUCGACGAGUCACGAGUCGUCGCUGAGUCACCAGUCCGAGGCGGCUGCCAACGUGGACGGUGACAGCAAGGAAUCGGAGAGCAUGAUUUCGUCCGAGACGGCUGAGGCUGAGCUCUUUUCCCGAGCCGAGCCCGAGCCGGCUCGCAAGCGGAGGGAGCCGGUUCAGGAUGGGGAGCUGGCCUUAGAACUGACGCUUGGGUUGGAGCCGCCAUCACGGGGCCACCACGUCGUUCCGGUGAAGAAGAGAAGAAUUGAGGCUGAAUUCGGCGGAUCAUCACCGGCCGACGACGGCGCGUGUAAAAUGGAGCUUGGGCUCGAUUACGUGGCCUGAGCGGUGGGGAACAAGUAAAAGUAAAAAAUGGUUCAGUUUUGACGACUCAAAUCGGCUCGUUUGUUUAGCUUUGAAGAGAUCAAGACCUUGCUUUUGUUCAGAGUUGUUUUUAGUUUCGAAGUUUCGAUUUUUGACUUUUUUACCCUUUGUGAAGGUGAGAUCAGAUGUACAAAUGUGGUUGGAACCUUGAACGUGCAUAUACAAGAUGGUAAAUGAACAGAGGGACAAAAAAUCAAAAUCCUUUUUUUUUUUA